AUGCAACUCCUUUCCGAGCCUUCUCAUUGGCGGGCACACCAGCCAAAUGCCUUCUAUUGUUUCGGAGGCGGGGCCCGGCUCCCUAGUCGCACUCCGAUUGGCCCCACAGACCGUCUACCUCCAGCCGGACAGGGCUACCUCUACUCCUUGUGUGCCUAUUGGCCCUGGAGGACGAUACUUCGGGGUCGGGGGCGGAGCAGACGAGAGGGCCCUCCGUGGAUUGGACAGUGUCAAAACGAGGGGCGGUCCCUAUUGGCGGGGCGGUUGGGAGGCGAAGGGAGAGUCUUUUCAGCGCUGAGGACUGGCGCUGAGGAGGCGGCGGUGGCUCCCGGGGCGUUUGAGCGGGCUCAUCCGAGCCCGCGGGCCAACGCGGAUCCAGGCCCGACCGGCGGGACCGCCCCGGACUCCCCGCGGGCCUUCCUAGCCGCCAUGGAGGACGGUGUCUAUGAGCCCCCAGACCUGACUCCGGAGGAGCGGAUGGAGCUGGAGAACAUCCGGCGGCGGAAGCAGGAGCUGCUGGUGGAGAUCCAGCGUCUGCGGGAGGAGCUCAGUGAAGCCAUGAGCGAGGUGGAGGGUCUGGAGGCCAAUGAGGGCAGUAAGACCUUGCAGCGGAACCGGAAGAUGGCGAUGGGCAGGAAGAAGUUCAACAUGGAUCCCAAGAAGGGGAUCCAGUUCUUGGUGGAGAACGAACUUCUGCAGAACACACCCGAGGAGAUCGCCCGCUUCCUAUACAAGGGCGAGGGCCUGAACAAGACAGCCAUCGGGGACUACCUGGGGGAGAGGGAAGAGCUGAACCUGGCGGUGCUCCAUGCCUUUGUGGACCUGCACGAGUUUACUGACCUCAAUCUGGUGCAGGCCCUCAGGCAAUUUCUCUGGAGCUUCCGCCUCCCUGGAGAGGCCCAGAAGAUUGACCGGAUGAUGGAAGCCUUCGCCCAGCGAUACUGCCUGUGCAACCCCGGGGUCUUCCAGUCCACAGACACGUGCUACGUGCUGUCCUUUGCCGUGAUCAUGCUGAACACCAGCCUUCACAAUCCCAACGUCCGGGACAAGCCGGGCCUGGAGCGCUUCGUGGCCAUGAACCGGGGCAUCAACGAGGGUGGGGACCUGCCCGAGGAGCUGCUCAGGAACCUCUACGACAGCAUCCGAAACGAGCCCUUCAAGAUUCCUGAGGAUGACGGGAAUGACCUGACCCACACCUUCUUCAACCCGGAUCGGGAGGGCUGGCUCCUUAAGCUGGGGGGCCGGGUGAAGACGUGGAAGCGCCGCUGGUUCAUCCUCACAGACAACUGCCUCUACUAUUUUGAGUACACCACGGACAAGGAACCCCGUGGAAUUAUCCCCCUGGAGAACCUGAGCAUCCGAGAAGUCGAUGACCCCCGAAAACCGAACUGCUUUGAGCUUUACAUCCCCAACAACAAGGGGCAGCUCAUCAAAGCCUGUAAAACUGAGGCGGACGGCCGGGUGGUUGAGGGGAACCACAUGGUUUACCGGAUCUCGGCCCCAACCCAGGAGGAGAAGGAAGAGUGGAUCAAGUCCAUCCAAGCCGCCGUGAGCGUGGACCCCUUCUAUGAGAUGCUGGCAGCAAGGAAGAAGCGGAUUUCCGUCAAGAAGAAGCAGGAGCAGCCCUGACCCCCUGCCCCCCAACCCCGUUAUUUAUUACGGAGCUGCCCCAUCCGGGUGGCCGGACCCCUGGGCCCCGGGGCUGCGGAUCCUGGUUUUCCAAUCCUGGUUCUCUGUUUGGAAAAUUCACCACCUCUAGCUCCUCUCUCAUUGUUUGUAAUUAACACACCAUUGGUAAUCUUAUUAAUUAUUUAACCACU